GUGUGAGUGCAAAGACGCGCUUGCCUUCAGUUCAGCCCACCAAAGCAUGGGAAUGCAGGGAGGAAAGUUCUGAGUAAACUCGCGUUAAGCUGCUAGAUCAUGUUAUCUAAUUAAAGUUAUCUAAAGUUCCAAGUCGGAUUUUUCAUCUGGAAUUCUCCCUCAAAUCGGAGUUCCCACUCAGAAAGUUGGAGAAGUCGAAAGAUGUUGAAUAUGGAGCUGCCAGGACAGAAGAGGCGUGACCACGGAAAAGGUUCAUGGAUGUAGUGAGGGAGGGCAUGCAGAGGGUUGGUGUGACAGAAGAGGAUGCGAGGAAUAAGGAGAGAUGGACUCAGGUUUUCCGCUGUGGAGACCUCUAAAGGGAGCAGCCGAAAGAAGAAGUGGGAGAAGUCCCAUCAAUACCUAUUUAUUGUGUGUGAACAGUAGUAAAACAGUAAUACUUGUACUCUCUGUGUUACAACAGUUGUGUAUUUGUGUCUCGCUGAAGAACAGAACCGAGCAGGCACUGCGUUGCUUUACUAAUGAAUGAGUGCAUGAAUUCACGGCUCCACCUUGCUAUGCUGCAACAAGCCUGUUUUCCUAGCUCCUCCGAGCGCUGGAACGCGGACGACAUUCCCAUCUCCAACAUCGAGGUAAAAGGAGCGCAGUAUGAUGAGAAAUGAGUUCGCGGUGGCUGCUCCCGCGCUGACAGCAUUCCUUCAGCUGCAGCGCAAUGCAGAACGUUAAGUGCGUUGUAGUGGGAGACGGAGCUGUGGGUAAGACCUGUAUGCUCAUCAGCUACAGCACCAAUGCCUUUCCUGGAGAGUACAUCCCCACAGUGUUCGACAACUACUCUGCCAAUGUUAUGGUGGAUGGGAAGCCAGUGAAGCUGGGCCUUUGGGAUACGGCAGGAGAAGAAGGCUAUGACAGACUCCGCCCACUUUCCUACCCAGAGACGGAUGUGUUUCUUAUCUGCUUUUCACUUGUGAGUCCUACCUCAUACGAAAACAUCCGUCAUAAGUGGUACCAUGAGGUGAGAUACCAUUGUCCUAACACUCCCAUAAUACUCGUGGGCACCAAACUGGAUCUAAGAGAAAAAGACUUCAUGGAGAAGCUGGAGAAGAAUAAUCUCUCUACCAUUACCUCUGCCCAAGGACAGGCCCUAGCCAAAAAGUUUGGUUGUGUCAAGUACCUGGAGUGUUCAGCUUUGACUCAGCAUGGACUUAAAACUGUGUUUGACGAGGCCAUCCGAGUCGCCCUGUCCCCUCCACCUGCCCAAACGAAGGCAAAGAAGUGCUCUCUCCUCUAAGACUUCCUUCACUAGAACAGUUACAGGGGAACAUGACUGCUAGUGGUGAGGGAGGCUAUAGACACAAGAGAAACACACAAAAACAUGGAAGGAAUUUUGUCAAAUACACUCUGUGCACAUGCUGUAUUUUAGCUAAAAAGAAAUUCUUUGUUCUGUUGUCUCAAACCUUUAAAACAGAGCUGAUAGUCUGCUGCUGUUUCCUGCUGUUCAUUCAGCUUCAUCGUAUUUAGUGUGUAAGUCGAAAGCUUCUUUUUCUCUUCGUGAGGGCGGUUGUGUCACCUUGCUGUCAACAAAAAGCUUGAAGUAACCUUCUGUAGUGUUUUAUUGUAUCCACUUUUCAUGUAUCAUAACCUCUUAACCAGUAAUUAAUAUUUAUCCUAAUAUGAUUCAUUGUCUUAAUGAAGUCGAGAGAAAAUAAAAAUGUUGUGACUCUUUAGUUUUACAGAUAAAAGCUGUUAAAUUCUUGUAAAACAGACUCUGUUCCUUUGAGCAACACAAAAAUGGCUGAGG